GGCCAGCUUCAACGCAUGUCAACUGUCGCUGCACGAAUGCUCUUCAGGAGAAGGAAGUUGAAGCCCGAGCUAUCGUUUGGCUCGACAAGCGGCGGUACCACUAGCUUGCCGUCCAACAUGAAGGCAAACCUUCCGGAACUCUUCGCUCUUCUCAAGAUGCAGCUGAAACCUGAUGUUCCCGGAAACGCAACAGAAGCAGCUGCUUCCAAGCACUGUUUAAAAGAUGGCAUUCUGGCGACUCCAGGGACAACGCCGAGCGACAAGUUCAAAGCUCGGCAGGCGUCUACAGGCUGGAAACCACCCAACAAGAAGCACGCCGACGGAUCACACACGAAAAUGGCGUUGCAUGCGCGUUCCGGGCGCGAGCUGCGCGUUUCGCUCGCCAUGUAUUCGUUCCAUGGCUGCCAUCGGAACCUGGCUGCCAGAACCAGCGCUCCCUUAGCUUCGCCUGUUCCAUCAGAGCCUGGCCAGCUUCAAGGCAUGUCAACCGUCGCAGCUCGAAAGCACUACAGAAGAAGGAAGUUGAAGCCCAAGCUGUCGUUCGGCUCGACAAGCGGGGGUACCACUAGCUUGGCGACCAACAUGAAGGCAAACCUUCCGGAACUCUUCGCCCUUCUCAAGAAGCAGCUGAACCCGGACGUUCCCGGAAACGCCACAGAAGCAGCUGCUUCCAAGCACUGUUUCAAAGAUGGCAUCCUGGCGACUCCAGAGACAAUGCCGAGCGAUAAGUGCGAAGCUCAAUCAUCAUCGCACAGCACCGGGCCUGCGACGGAAUGCGAGGCAAGUGUGUCCGAAGUUGACGAGGUAAAAACCAGCUUCUUUGGUGAGCAGGAAGUCGUCGUGACUGAAGAGUCACAGCCGAAGGCUCUCGCCGAGUCAGAUGUCGUGGAUAUCGUGAGACGGCUGCGAGAAGUGCUGCAGGAAAAAGGCCCGUCCCAGGAAGACGACUUCGAAGCGCUGACCCCUUCACAGGCUCAGCUUAUCCUCGAAGUGCAUACGGCACCCUGACGGCCUUUCUGUACCGACGCCCAGGAUUUCGA